AUGUGCAGGGCUAACCGGCUGGAGAAGGCGGUGGCCGCGGCCUACACCUUCCUGCAGAGGAACCCCAAGCACGAGCUGACCGCCAAGUAUCUCAACUACUACCGGGGAAUGCUGGACGGCGCGGACGAGUCCCUAACGGAUCUGGAGGCCCAGCCCUACGAGGCCGUGUUCCUCCGGGCUGUGAAACUCUACAACGGUGGGGACUUCCGCAGCAGUACCGAGGACAUGGAGCGCGCCCUGGCCGAGUACCUGGAGGUCUUUGCCCGGUGUCUGGCGGGCUGUGAAGGGGCCCACGAACAGGUGGACUUCAAGGACUUCUACCCAGCCAUAGCAGAUCUCUUUGCAGAGUCCCUGCAGUGCAAGGUGGACUGUGAAGCCAACCUGACCCCUAAUGUGGGCGGCUACUUCGUGGACAAAUUUGUGGCCACCAUGUACCACUACCUGCAGUUCGCCUACUACAAGUUGAACGACGUGCGUCAGGCCGCCCGCAGCGCCGCCAGCUACAUGCUCUUCGACCCCAAGGACAGCGUCAUGCAGCAGAACCUGGUGUAUUACCGCUUUCACCGGGCUCGCUGGGGCCUGGAGGAGGAGGACUUCCGGCCCCGGGAGGAGGCUAUGCUCUACCAUAACCAGACGGCCGAGCUGCGAGAGCUACUGGAGUUCACCCGUACGUACCUGCAGUCAGAUGACGAGAUGGAGCUGGAGGAGACAGAGCCAUCCUCAGAGCCCGAGGAAGCCCUGUCCGAUGCUGAGUUUGAGGGGGAGGGUGACUAUGAGGAGAGCAUCUAUGCCGACUGGUGGCAGGAGCCAGACGCCAAGGGUGACGAGGCUGAGGCUGGUCAGUGUCAUGGGUCCUGGUGGUGGGGUGGGAGGUACAGCCUGGGGUGGAGAGGGGGCGGUCCCCAGCUCAGCAGCCAGAGGAGCCUAGGUGGGCGAUUUGAAUACUUGGGACUUUUUGGGGGUACGGUGGGGCAGCCAAACCUCUCAUCCCAGCGGAUCCGGGGUGCAGAGGUGUAG